AUGGAGCCGUCCCCCUCUGCGGACGCCGAGCUGCAGCCCCCGCUCCUAGCCAACUCUUCAGACGCCUUCCCCAGCGCCUUCCCCAGCGCCGGCGCCAAUGCGUCGGGGCCGCCGGGCGCCCGGAGCGCCUCGUCCCUCGCCCUGGCUAUCGCCAUCACCGCGCUCUACUCGGCCGUGUGUGCCGUGGGGCUUCUGGGCAACGUUCUUGUCAUGUUUGGCAUCGUCCGGUACACUAAGAUGAAGACAGCCACCAACAUCUAUAUCUUCAACCUGGCCCUGGCAGAUGCACUGGCCACCAGCACACUGCCCUUCCAGAGUGCCAAGUACCUGAUGGAGACAUGGCCCUUUGGAGAACUGCUCUGCAAGGUUGUGCUUUCCAUUGACUACUACAACAUGUUCACCAGCAUCUUCACACUCACCAUGAUGAGUGUCGACCGCUAUAUUGCUGUCUGCCACCCUGUCAAGGCCCUGGACUUCCGCACACCUGCCAAGGCCAAGCUGAUCAACAUCUGCAUCUGGGUCCUGGCCUCAGGUGUUGGUGUACCCAUCAUGGUCAUGGCCGUGACCCGCCCCCGGGACGGGGCAGUGGUAUGCACGCUCCAGUUCCCCAGCCCCAGCUGGUACUGGGAUACGGUGACCAAGAUCUGCGUGUUCCUCUUCGCCUUCGUCGUGCCCAUCCUCAUCAUCACCGUGUGCUACGGCCUGAUGCUGCUGCGCCUGCGCAGCGUGCGCCUACUCUCGGGCUCCAAGGAGAAGGACCGAAGCUUGCGGCGCAUCACGCGCAUGGUGCUCGUGGUGGUGGGCGCCUUCGUGGUGUGCUGGGCGCCCAUCCACAUCUUCGUCAUCGUCUGGACGCUGGUGGACAUCGACCGCCGCGACCCGCUCGUGGUGGCCGCGCUGCACCUGUGCAUCGCUCUCGGCUACGCCAACAGCAGCCUCAACCCCGUGCUCUACGCCUUCCUCGACGAGAACUUCAAGCGCUGCUUCCGCCAGCUCUGCCGCAUGCCCUGCGGCCGCCCGGAGCGGAGCAGCUUUAGCCGCGCCCGCGAAACCACGGCCCGCGAACGGGUCACCGCCUGCACCCCGUCCGACGGUCCCGGCGGGGGGGCGGCCGCGUGA